UGGAUGCUCGAAUAAACAUGAUAAAUUGAUAAAACAUGUGCUCCUGUUCUAAUAAAGAUGUGAUGGGGCGAAGGUAAACUCAUUAUCUUUUGUCAAAAAAGAAUUUUCUAAACCGUGUAAAAAGUGCAUAGUUUUUGUCUAUGUAUUUUUGGUAUAUGUUGUUCCCAUUUUCCAUUCCGUUUAUACUGCGAAGCUGAUCGUGAUCAUACACUGACACUGAUAGCAAAAUUGAUACAUAAGGAGGUAUGAAAAAAUCGUAUAUAUUUAUAUUUAUCCUAAUUAUGACGGUGCCUAAUAGAAUCGACUAUUAUUUACUGGUAAAUCCGUACGUUUAGUGGAAGAACUUCAAAAGAACUUAAUGGGACACAAUUCCCAGAAGUAUUACUUCCGUUAAAAGCGGAGUUUUAUUGGUUGCACACCACAAGAAAAUUUCAAAAUAAAGUAAGAUGCCCCGUUUCAACUAUAAAGAAAAAUACACGAUUACUCCGUGCAUACUCCUCAUCGUGUUAUUGAUGUGCUCCAUCUGUUUAGUAGCCAUAGGUGGUACAAUUCUCAGCGAUGAAAGCAAAGGCAUUCCGAGAUUCACAAUGGUUUCAAUAGGUGCAUUCGCUUUAACCAUUGGUGUUUUAAUAGUGAUCAUGAUUCUUUUCGCUGUUUGUAUAAAACUACCAAUUUACAUUUUUUUUCUUGCUGUGAUUUUCAUUCUACAUGUCGUCUUGGGUAGCCUAGCUUUGGCGGCUACUUCUAAAUACGAUGGUGACAUAUACACUGUUGUCAAAAAAGUGUUUGAUGAUUAUGUGAACAACCCGCAGGUCGAUGACAAGAAAACUGUUGUGGAUAUUGUUCAACAAGAUUUUAAAUGUUGCGGAGUUGAAGGUCCCCAGUACUGGAAUUCUUCUGGUUUUAAGCAGUAUCCGACUAGUUGCUACAAACAUAAUUCUUUUGACAACGCUUUAUACGAAGAGGGGUGCGUUUCUAGCUUUGAAAAGAGCAUUAUACCAAAAUUCCGGGCAGUUGGUGGAAUAGCAAUUGCGAUGACGCUAGUAGAGGGUUUUGGUAUCGUUUACUGUUACAUCCUCGUCAACAGCGACCCCGAAGAAUGGCAAAGAUUACUUGCUUAAUGUUUAAUUGAAACAAAUUUUAUAUAUGUGUAUAACUACCUGCGACAUUUACUUUAUUACAUACAACUUACAUUAAAUAUUCUGUUUUUUUUUUGCUAC